GCGCGUUAUCACUCUGCUAUGUGUGAGUGGAUCAUUUCAUUUAGACAGAGACCGUCUUCACACACGGACGAGAUGUUUUAGGAUUUGAACAGUCUCAUUCUGACAGAUAAUGUCAUUUAAUCAGGAUUUAUUCAGACCUGAAAUAUCUUUGGAGGAGUAGCUUCUUUUGGACAGAUUCUGCAGGGAAGCAGUUUGACAUUAGUCUCUCAGUUUUCCAAAAAGAAUGAAUAAGUGGUAGCUCUCCGGCCAGCGUUUCCAUGCAACAGCGCAGGCGGCUGUGAAGCCACGGAGCACACGGAGGGAUAGAUGCUGUAGCAGAGAGCGGCUGCACUGUAGAUCUGGACUCAGAGCGCCUUUUAAAGCCAAUGGAGCGACGAGAUGAUGGAGACGAGCUGGUCGGGAGCGUAGAUCACCAUGUUAGCGCAGAGGAGCCCGGUUCUCCUCCCCUAGCUCGUGAGCACUCAGGCAGCCCACAGCAGGAGGAGCCCGCCACAAUGAACCGGAACAGCAGCUACCUGCCAGUCCCUGGCGAUGAGAACAACCUGGAUGUGGACUUUGAAAACACCAAGCCCAGGAGCAACGAGUCCAUACCGAUGAAAAAUCUUUAUUCGGAUGACGGCUCGCCUCUGAGGUUAGGCCCAUUCUUCUCUGAUGGCCGGCGGCGGGUGGACUACGUGCUCACUUACCAGAUCCAGAAGCCUGGCGGCAUCCGGCGCCAGUCCUCCAAGUUUUCAGGAGACAAUUUCAUCCACCGGCUUCGGCGCAGCCUGAGCUCGAGAAGCAGCCGUGCCCCACUGCAGCCAAAGGAGGACCCGGAGAUCGCCGCCCAGGAGCAACGGAGUGACUAUCAUGAGGAUGACAAGCGCUUCAAGCGGGAUGAGUUUGAGGAAAAGCUCCUGGAGACGGGGCUGGAGCUGGAAAGGGAUGAACGGACUAAGAUCCCAGGAAUCGGUUUCUUGAAGAUCCAUGCUCCUUGGAACGUUCUGUGUCGGGAGGCUGAGUUCAUGAAGCUCAAGAUGCCGACAAAGAAGGUUUAUGAAGUGAAACAAGGCAGUAAUGUGGUGGAAAAGAUUCGACUGUUCAUCCACAAAGUCACAGCUCCUCUACACCCAAAUGUAGACGGCAACCGGCCACAAAACGUCAAAUCCCUCUCUCACCCUUUCUCCAGAGAGAAGCAGCAUCUAUUUGAUCUGUCCGACAGGGACAAGUUCUUUGACAGCAGGACCAGGAGCUCAAUAGUCUAUGAGGUAGUGAAGAGGACAAAAUGCACCAAAACAAAAUACUCCAUGGGGAUCACCAGUCUCUUAGCCAGUGGCGUAUAUACGGCUGCUUAUCCCCUGCAUGAUGGAGACAUCGAGGGGGUGAACACAGAAUCUAACGACAGGAAGCUGCUGUACGAGGAGUGGGCCAGCUACAGUGUCUUCUACAAGUACCAGCCUAUCGGACUCAUCAGGAAGUAUUUUGGGGAGAAGGUUGGACUGUAUUUUGCCUGGUUAGGAGUCUACACACAGAUGCUGAUCCCUGCAGCCAUCAUUGGAGUCAUUGUAUUCCUCUACGGCUGUGCGACUGUCGAUGAUAACAUACCGAGUAUGGAGAUUUGUGAUCCCAGGAAUAACAUCACCAUGUGUCCACUGUGCGACCGCGCCUGCAGCUACUGGAAGCUGGUGACAGCAUGUGGUACAGCACGAGCCAGCCACCUGUUUGACAACCCAGCCACCGUCUUCUUCUCCAUCUUCAUGGCCCUCUGGGCGGUCCUCUUCAUGGAGCACUGGAAGAGACGACAGAUGCGACUCAACUACAUCUGGGACCUGACAGGCUUCGGAGAGGAGGAGGAGGAGGAACAUAAGGACCACAACCGAGCGGAGUACGACUUACUGCUCCGGCAAAAGGAAAUGAGACUGGAAAAUUCAGGCAAGAAGGUUGAGAAGGUGAAGGUGACCUGUAAUGACAGACUGCCAGCCUACCUGACUACUGUGGUGAUGAUGAGCUUCAUGAUCCUUUUGACGUUUGUCAUCGUCUUCGGGGUCAUCCUGUACCGGAUUAGCAUUAAGGCUGCGCUGCAUAUGAGCACCUACCCUGCAGCACGGUCCAACAUCAGAGCCACCGUCAAAACCACCGCCGCCAUCAUCAACCUCAUCGUCAUCAUCAUCUUAGAUGAAAUCUACGCCGCCAUCGCCCGCUGGCUCACCACACUGGAGGUUCCAAAGACAGAGAAGAGCUUCGAGGAGCGCCUCAUCUUCAAAACCUUCAUCCUGAAGUUUGUCAAUGCUUUCACACCCAUCGUCUAUUUGGCCUUUUUCAGGGGCAGGCUCGUUGGACGGCCUGGAAACUACUUGUACGUCGUUGGAUCGUACAGAAUGGAAGAGUGUGCCCAUGCCGGCUGCCUCAUGGAGCUGUGCAUCCAGUUGUGUAUCACCAUGCUGGGCAAGCAGCUCAUCCAGAACAACCUGUUUGAGGUUGGCAUACCAAAGCUGAAGAAACUGCUCCGGAGGAGAAAGUCGACUUUGGACUCAAAGCAAGAGGAGGCGCUGAACAAAACCCUGCUACCCCACGAGAGAGACCACAUCCUGGGUCCUUUUGUUGGCCUCAGCCCCGAGUACAUGGAGAUGAUCAUCCAGUUCGGGAUGGUGACUCUUUUCGUGGCCUCCUUUCCUCUGGCUCCGCUCUUCGCUCUCCUGAAUAACAUCAUCGAGAUUCGCCUGGAUGCCAAGAAGUUUGUCAUGGAGCUGCGCAGGCCGAUCGCUUGCAAAGCCAAAGACAUCGGUAUCUGGUACAACCUCUUGAGAGGCCUCAGCAAGGUAGCAGUCAUCGUUAAUGCCUUUGUCAUCUCCUUCACCUCGGACUUCAUCCCACGGCUCGUCUACCAGUACAUGUACAGCCCUGACGGCUCCAUGCACGGCUUCGUCAAUCACACCCUGUCUUACUUCAAUGUCAGUGACUUUCAGCCGGGCACGGCCCCUCUCCAGCCGUUCCACCUGGGCUACAAGGUGGAUGUCUGCAGAUAUAAGGACUACAGAGAGCCUCCCUCGUCCAGCACACCAUAUGAACUCUCUAAGGAGUUCUGGGCUGUUCUGUCUGCUCGUCUCGCCUUCGUUGUUGUCUUUCAGAACGUUGUGAUGCUUAUGAGCGACUUUGUGGACUGGCUAAUCCCGGACAUCCCCAAAGACAUCAGCCUCCAGAUCCACAAGGAGAAGAUCCUCAUGGUGGAGCUCUUCAUGAAGGAGGAGCAGGGCAAAAGGCUUGCAGCACGGGACCACCACAACCAGGACAACUCGGCAGCCAGUCACAGCCCGCUACAGCCCCGCUCCCGGCCCGUUUCACACGCAAACUGCUCCUAAACCGCUCGCUGCUGGGUGGGAAUGAAACCAAGCGCAAACACAGCAACUGUAUACAAACUGUAAAUAAGUUAAUCAGCUGCUUAAAGCUAGCUGUUAGAGGUUAGGACAGUUAUCCAUAAACACAUGGUAGGUUUUUAUUAAUCAGCAGAGCUUUGCUGUGUUCAUGCUGUUUAGGAUUAUUUGCAGAAACAACGUGAAACAUACAUUAGAGUUUCUUCACAUUAAAACUCUUUUAACACUUUUCUCAUGUUCAGGCAACACAUUUUACAACAGACAUGAACCAAAACUGCAGCAAGCAAUUUGACAAUACUCAACACAUUAUUUAUUGGAUGUACUGUAUUUGAAAGGAACAAGCCAUUUGCUUCAUUUGACUCUGGGAAAGAAAAUCCUCAUCAAUGAGAUCGUCAUUCAGGACGUCUGAGAAAACAGUGCCAAACCCCGCCUGCAAGCUAAUGAAUCAUGCUUAUUCCACCAUUACCUGCCGCCUCUCCCCCGGGAACUGAAUGCAGCUUCUGUAUUGAAGACUCCGUCCAAACCGUCCUUGAGAGAAGAAUUUCCUCCUGAUAUCUUACUGGUGAGAUGCAACACAAAAGGAGAUUCUCCCUCUUGUCAUCGAUGUGUAAAGCUCAGAUAGGCCUUUUUUUAGCACAAUUAAAUCCAGGAAUUUAUUGAUAUACUUUUUUUUUAUAUGCAACAUGGUCAAGCACAUGUGCUUUGGUUGUUGGGAUGGAGGUUUUGGAAGACCUUCUGUGUCAAGCGGCCUGAAUUGUACUAUUCUCUUGUAUACGAGCAUCAUUGUGCUCAUUGUUACACUUGUUACAUUUUGAGUAGAACAAACUGCCUAACAGUGGCGUUAGUCCUGGAAAGCACAAGUCACAUUAUUGAUAUUCAUUCCAAUGAACUGGAAUUCUUAAAGCUGCGAUUGGCGAGAUUUACAGCGUAAAUACAAAGUGAUGUCAUGCUGCAUCUCACUGCGCUGAGAUGCUGUACUGUAAAUACUCACUGUGUGUCCUGUUACACACCUAUCAAACUCUGGGAUUGGGUAUAGAGAGACAUAUUUUCCACAUAUGGAACUGUAAAAUAAAAUUUAAAAACCCUCUAAAGUAUCUCUUGACGCUGCAGCAGAAAAAGCUGAAAACACAUCAUUGUCAUAUUGUCACCUGAAGCUCCGUUUUACGUUUCCACUGUGAAUAGUUGUGGAUGGUACCAAUGAAACUGUUCCCUGCUGUCCCCAUGUUUGGUCCCCCCUCUGUUGGGGUACCUAGCACACAGAUCUGGUGCUAA